UACCCUUAAGCAUUCUGAAACAUGAAGUGGAGCCUCUCCUGGUGGCCUAUUGCUCAACUAUAACACUCACUUGUCAUGUGGAUACGUCUGCUCAAGAAUCUGACGUCUGGUGGUCUUUCAACAACGAGAAUGCAUCCGAAUUACCAAACGUUACUAUAGUAACGGAGCACGCGGAAGAAGGGAUUUGGAAGCUUCAGCUAGAUUGUCCCACCCUGAAGCAUGCCGGGAAAUAUGUGUGCAACGCCCAGCUGAAGAACGAGAGUGACUUAGUUUAUCGUAAGGAGGCGACGGUCAAUGUAUACGUUCCAGUAUUUAUCACACUAGAGAAGAAGGAAACUAUCCAGUUGGUCAAUGGCUUCGUGUAUUUAUCAUGUGAUGUUUUGGCCUACCCACGUGCUACAGUAACAUGGGAAAAAAAUGGUCAGAAAAUAAAGCAGGACAAUAAACAUUUCCAAAUAAAGACUAUUAAUGUCGGAGUGGACACCGUCCGAGCGGCGGUUUUGAUUGAACAUUUGAGAAGAUCAGAUAAUGGGACUUAUACUUGUGUUGCGUCCAACAAGUACAACAUGUCAAAGAAAGCACAAUACGUAAGAGUUGAUGAACCACCAGAGGUCAGCUUGGACGAAAUUAAAGCAGAUAAUUCACGGACAGCGUCACUGAAGUGGCACACCACGUUCACAGGUAACAUUCCAGUCAUCCGCUUCCACCUACGAGUGAAGAACUACAGCACUGGUGCCGACUGGAUGGACGUAGACAACAACAUUGCUGCUAAUAUCACGUCUUACACAGUUCGCCAAUUGGCUCCAGCUAUGACUUAUGGGUUUCAAAUUGCUGCAAUUAACAAAGCCGGCUCGAGUCAAUGGAAAAGUGUUAAUAUCACUAUGCCUUCUGAUGUGCCACCUAAGGUAUCUCAGAUCCAUGUUUUUGCAUCAACAAAUCAAACACUGCUGUUUGGUUGGAAAAGACCUACCCAUGAUAAUGGUGCCGAGAUAACACACUAUAUUCUACAGCUACAGCACAAAGGAAAACUUGUUGCUGAUGGAAUUUUAAAUGGAACAUCUAGAGUCAAGGAUAACCAUACUGAUGGUACUUUGAAAAACCCUCGUAGCAAUUACAUGUAUUUAUUUGGUAGCCUGGUCCCAGGUGAAAUGUAUGCAUUUCGGGUUAAAGCGUGUAAUUCAAUUGGAUGUGGAGACUGGUCAAAUUUAGUUGAAGAAGAGACCUUUGACGGAAUGGCAGACCCUCCAGAGAAAGUUCAAGUGAAAUGUGGUUUCGAUUCUAAGAACAAACAAAACUACAUCAAUGUGACUUGGGAGCCGCCAUUAAAGGCCAGGGGAACAAUUGAAUCUUAUAAUGUUACUAUGGCAGGCGAGGCUCGUUAUAAAAACUCUAACGGGAAAAUCGCUGUCGAUCGAUUCAAGGCAAUGCACAAAGUGAAACCUGACAUGUUGGAAUUCAGGAGCACAGUGAAGCCUAACACUAACUAUACCGUCCGUAUGUGCACAAACAACCGAUCUGGAUGUGGUCCACUUAGCUUCCCAACCAAGCUGUCCUCGUGCUCCACGUUCCCUGUCGUUCCUACAGAAUUACCCCAAUUUCGGCUCCAACAUAUGAGAGAGAGCCGUCAUGAGAGACAUCUCGUGUUGAAAUUGCAGCGAGUCUCAGAAAGGAACGGGUCAAUCAGGUGCUACAGGGUUAUACUUAUAAAGAUGAAACCAGGAGCAUCUCUUUCUUCACUCCCUCCAGAACCAAGUGCACUUAAUCUCUCUACUUACAGCAAAGUCCACAAGGAGGAAGGUCUCGGAGCUUAUAUCGCUGAAGCAUUCACAAGUGAGCAUUUCGUCAGUGAAGUUGUCAUAGGAGAUGGCCGUCACAGCGUCUGUGAUAAAUUUUCGGAUCACCCCACUAACGCCAAUGUACGAUCUGAAAGAUCAACAUUGCAGGGAAAAGAAAAGCUAGAUCCUGCAGCUGAACAAGAAAAUAUUUACGAUGGUGAACUCGCUCCCAGUACAAAUUACACAGGCUACGUUGAGUUGAAAAUUACUGGUCCAAAUGGAACGGUGCUGUCCAAACAAAGUCCUUACUUUAGCUUAGUAGAAACUGUCUCUACCCCAAAGCCAGAAUCACCUGAAAGUCUAAUGACUAUUAUCCUAGGGAUUAUUUGCGGCCUUGUGCUUUUAGUGUUGGUGUUUGUUUUGGUCCAGUGCGUUGUCAGAAGAAAAAAUAAUCACGUGUAUGAUGAGGAAGGAGAUCGAAUAGGUCUGACUGCACUAAUUCGCAGAACUAUUCAAAGAAAUGGACACAUUCCUAAAGGAAAUCGUUCAUCAAAGCUGUCCUAUGUUGGUCCAGUAUCAGCUGAUGAUCUGCCAAAUGCUUAUGUGGAAAAACAUAAAGAUAAUGACCUUUUUUUUCAACAUGAGUUUGAGUCCUUACCAGAGAAAUUCAAAGAUAGGACAAAUCAUGCCUCAGAUAAUCCAGAAAACCUGUGUAAAAACAGAUACCCUGAUGUGAAAGCUUUUGAUCAAACUCGAGUCCAGCUUCCUAUUGAAGAUGGUAUUAAAGGUUCAGAUUACAUCAAUGCAAACUUUGUUGAGGGUUAUCGAGGAAGAAAGAUGUUCAUCUGUGCACAAGGGCCUCUUGAACGUACUGUGGUUGACUUCUGGAAGAUGAUAUGGGAACACAAAGUAACUGUGAUAGUUAUGCUUACUGGAGUGGAAGAACAUGGGAAAGUUAAGUGUGCCCAGUAUUGGUCUGAUGAUGAACCUAAAGAAGUGGAGAAGUUGUAUACAGUAACUGUGAUCAGCACUAUAAAAUAUUCAGAUUAUAUAGUUAGAAAGUUUCAAGUCCAGCACAAAAAAGAUGGAUUCAUGGAUGAGCGGGAAAUUCUGCAGUUUCAUUUUGUUCUGUGGAAAGAUUUCUUAGCACCAGAACAACCUUCCUGGUUGUUACGCUUCAUCAAAAGAGUAAAUGAGCAUUAUGUUUCAGACAGGGGACCCCUACUAGUCCACUGUAGUGCUGGAGUAGGAAGAACAGGAACAUUUGUUGCUAUAGACACUCUCUUACAAGAAUUGGAUGAAGAAGGACAGGUCAAUGUAUAUGCCUGCAUCUCUAACCUCAGACGUUCACGGAAUUACCUUGUACAGUCUUUGAAACAGUAUAUUUUUGUUUAUCGAGCUUUAAUGGAGCAUGCUCAGUUUGGUGACACUGAGAUAGAGAUGAGACACUUAAGGGAUCAUUAUGCAUUACUGAAAGGAAAAACGGGCAUAUCUGAAAAUACGGGAUUAGAGUUGGAAUUCAAAAAACUUGGAGAUGUGAUUGAGGAUCCCAAGACUUCUUGUGUUGGAACAAUGGAUAUUAAUUUGAACAAGAAUAGAUAUAAUUUUAUUGUACCUUAUGAUACAAAUCGUGUAAUACUUCCCCCAAGUGCUUCCAGAGACCACUGUACUUACAUUAAUGCAUCUUUCAUUGAGGGCUACGAUCGAUCGUUAUCCUUCAUCGUUACUCAGGAUCCUCUAGAAAAUACACAAACUGAAUUCUGGAGGAUGAUCAAAGAGCAUAACAUUAAAGUUGUUGUGGUUUUGUCAGACCUAGGAGAAGAACAGACAAACUGUCCACAGUAUUGGCCAUCUGAAGAACAAGAGUAUGAUUACAUCAAAGUUACAUUCCAGAAAGAAGUAAAAACAGAUUUAUUCAUCAAGCGAGAAUUUCUUGUAACAAAUACCAAGAAUAACGACAACCAUAUUGUCACUCAUUAUCAAUAUCUGAAAUGGUCAGAUUCAGCUAAUUCAAGUGCAGUGCCAGAAAGUACUUUAAACCUUAUAGGGUUGAUAGAAGAAGUACAGUUAACUCAAACUUUGGAUUCUAACAAUAGUCCCAUCACAGUACAUUGCAGUGGAGGAGGAGACAGAAGUAGCAUCUAUGUCACUUUAAGUGUGCUUAUCCAACAGUUGAAAUUAGAAGGAAGAGUUGACGUCUUCCAGGCUGCACGUCACACCCGUUCUCAACGUCAAUGUAUGCUCCAAACAAUUGGCCAGUAUGACUUCCUUUAUCGGGGACUUUUGGAUUACAUGCAUCAUUACAAACUGUUGGAUGUAGGAGACACUCCACUCUGAACAUCAACAACUUUAAUUCAAUAUCAUGUUGAUAUUACUAGAAACACUAUAGCUAUUCUGGUACUUUAGUGAUUGCAUAAAGAACUUUGGUGCAUGGUUUUGUACUGUUUCAAGCAAAAUUUGCCAAGAGAACAACCGGUUAGUGCCUAAAGAAAUCAACCACGUGAGAACAAAGUCAGUGCUGUCAUUUGAAUGUGUGUAAUCAUGGAAAAAGAAGGAAGAACUUACUCAGAAACUUGUGCAUACCUCAGUAAUCCUGUGGUUUUGAUUUACAAUAAUUGGUUGGUAACUUUAAAAACUUCAAAACAGUUUUAGUAAAGAAUCACUGAGCCAGUCCCAGUGAAAUCUGUACAUAAAUAUGUGUAAUGUUCUCUACUGGUUAGCUGUGAAAACAAAUCAAUGUUGUGUUAUUUCUUCUGUUAUAUUCAGUCUAUACAGUGUUUCAAGAAGGUCUCAAGUUUGUUAUGAUACUAAUACUGUGAUUGAUGGACACACAAAAGUCUGCCAUUUUAAUCAUUUCUGUUUCACUGUUUUGUCUUUCAAAACAAGUGUUCUACAUAUCUCAAGUUCUAAAGUAAAUUAACAGAAUAGUUUUCUUGUACUGUUAGUUACAUGAUAUGUUGUUAUAUACUGUAGUACAUCAAUUGGUAGAUGAGGUGUCUGAACAAAGAUUUUGUUUGUGAGCUGGAGUUAUUGAGGUCUUGUACCCCAUUUUCUCCUAAAUUCAAACAUGUCAGGCAUAGUAGUUUUAAAAUUAUUAAAUAAUGGUUCCUGGAGUCAAUUUUUUUUGUUCCAAAAUACAUUCCAAAUCCAUUUUAUUAGAACUACAUGCUCCACAAACAUUAUAAUGAUAUAGUUUCCAAUGUUUUUCUCAUCAUAAAAUUCAUAUCAGAACUGGUCCCAGUCUUGUUUUAAACUAGGUUAUAAGACUUUUACCAAUUUUAACAUAACAAUAGAAAAUUUUAUUCAUCUAUUGCAACAAAUUUAUAAUUAAAA